CCGUCUCAUAAUUCAACUCCCAUUGUUCAUUGACACCAAAUAUCCUUUCAACAUGUUCAGAGCUCUUCGUCCCUCCGCUGCCCUUUAUCGCUCUGCGGUUCUGUACAAGAACCCUGCUAUCGUUGCUUCUCAGAGUGUUUCCCGCAAUGCCAUGGCCUUGAACUUUGCCCGUGCCUACGGUGCCUCUGCCGGACUUGCCCGCGCCGAUAUCGAGAAGCGUGUCUUGGAAAUCUUGGGUGGUUUCAAUAAGAUUGAUUCCAGCAAGAUCUCUCUUCAGGCUCACUUCAAUUCCGAUCUCAAGUUGGAUUCUUUGGACACUGUCGAGGUUGUCAUGGCCAUCGAGGAGGAAUUCUCGAUCGAGAUCCCCGAUAAGGAUGCUGAUGAAAUCAAGUCUGCUGCCCAGGCUGUUGAUUACAUCUCCAAGCGCGACGAUGCUCACUAAAUAACAUUAGUCUGUGUCUUUGUCACCUUUUGUUUAACAUCCUCUUCCCUCUUCCUUUCUUCCAUAGUACUAUAACCUCCUACAUCCUCUUUCAUUUGUGCAGAUAAAAUAUAUACAAACUAUUGCUCAGAGAAGGAUAACCAUAAUCGGCUUUUUUAAAAAAAUUUACGGACACAUUACUUGAAGCAGCAUU